CGAGGUCAUGCCAGCUGCAGAGACACAGCAUGCCAGGAGAUAUGGUGCUGCAGUGAAGGUGCCCGGAAAGGACUGAGUUCCAAACCAAGAGGAGAAGGAUUUCUUUCAAAGAGACAAGUCAAACCACUGCAAGGAGUGAGACCUUCCACCACCAUGAUGAAGGAAACCACUGAAAAUGUCUCUCUGGAUGAUGCCGGCUGGAGCCAGGUGACAUUCAAGGGCUUGCCAACCAAGUCCCAGGAUGCUAUUUUUUCCUCUGAAGAAGAUAACAGUCUGUAUUUCACAUACAGUGGAAAAUCAAACGUUCUCGAGGUCAAAGAACUCAAUUACCAGGUUAACACAGCAUCCCAGAUUCCCUGGUAUGAAAACCUUGCACAGAUGAAAAUGCCCUGGACCUGGAAAUCGGAUCCCCAUUCUCGUGUGCCAAUAAUCCAGAAUCUGAAUUUAAAAGUUCGAAGUGGUCAGAUGCUGGCUAUUAUAGGAAGCACUGCUGGUGGAAAGACAUCCUUGCUUGACGUGAUAACCUGCCGGGAUCAUGGAGGCAAAAUCAAGUCUGGUCAAAUCCUGAUCAACAACGAACCCAGCACUCCCCAGCUUGUUAGGAAAUGCAUAGCACACGUGCGGCAGGAUGACCGACUGCUCCCCCACCUGACUGUCAGAGAAACACUAUUGUUCGUUGCCAAACUGCGCCUUCCGAAGUUUUUUUCAGACUCACAAAGGAAAAAAAGGGUAGAAGAUGUCAUAGCAGAGCUGCGCUUGCGCCAGUGUGCAAACACCAGGGUAGGGAACGAGUUCCUCCGUGGCGUUUCGGGAGGCGAGAGGCGGAGAGUGAGCAUCGGUGUGCAGCUGCUCUGGAACCCGGGAAUACUCAUACUUGAUGAACCCACAUCUGGACUGGACAGUUUUACUGCACAUAACCUCGUGAUAACAUUAUCCAGACUGGCCAGGGGAAACAGAUUGGUUCUUCUUUCACUUCAUCAGCCUCGGUCAGAUAUCUUCCAACUGUUUGAUUUAGUUCUUCUGAUGACUUCUGGACUCACUGCCUAUUGUGGAACAGCUAGAGACAUGGUCCAGUAUUUCACAGAACUAGGCUACCCCUGCCCAAGGUACAGCAAUCCUGCGGAUUUCUAUGUUGAUUUGACCAGUAUCGAUAAACAAACUGCAGAAAAGGAAAUGGAAAGCCGAAAAAGAGCAAAUACUCUUGCCAACUUGUUCCUAGAAAAAGUCAAACAUUUCGAUGACUUCUUAUGGAAAGUUACUGAAGGAGACAAUGUUGUGACCACGGUCAGCAACCAAAGGUCCCAUUUAAAUUCAGAAGAGGCUAUCAACAUGCCUCACCAUUCAAGUGAUCAGUUACCAGGAGCCUUAAAGCAGUUCACUGUAUUAUUAAGUCGUCAAGUCUCCAAUGACUUCCGAGACCUUUCAACGUUACUAAUCCAUGGACUUGAGGCCCUUCUUAUGUCAUUAUUAAUUGGAUUUUUGUACUAUGGCCAUGACAAAGAUGGACUCUCUAUUCGUGACACAACAGCACUGCUGUACAUGAUAGGUGCCCUAAUCCCAUUCACAAUAAUUCUGGAUGUUAUUGCCAAAUGCCAUUCAGAAAGAGCAAUGCUCUAUCAUGACUUGGAAGGUGGAAUGUACUCUGUUAGCCCAUACUUCUUUGCUAAGAUUUUGGGGGAGCUUCCAGAACACUGUGCUUUUGUUAUAAUUUAUGGAGUUCCCAUCUACUGGCUGGCAAACCUCAUUCCUGAACCAGAGCGUUUCCUGCUGAACUUCCUCUCGGUGUGGCUGGCUGUGUACAGUGCCCGUGCCAUGGCACUCUGGGUGGCAGCGCUGCUGCCGACCUUGCAGCUCUCGGCCUUCCUUGGCAACGUCCUUUUCACAUCGUUCUACCUGAGUGGUGGUUUUGUGAUAAGCCUGGAAGGUCUCUGGACAGUUCCCUUUUGGGUUUCUAAAAUCUCUUUCCUCAGAUGGAAUUUUCAAGGAAUGAUGCAAAUUCAGUUCACUGACCGGAAAUAUGAAAUGACUGUUGGAAACACUACUUUUCAAAUACCAGGGAAAUUUAUCAUUCAGUCUCUGGACUUGGACUCCCAUCCUCUCUACGUGAGCUACCUCAUCCUCAUUGGUAUCAUUUGCAGCUUCCUGCUUUUAUACUAUUUAUCUCUGCGCUUCAUCAAGCAGAAAUCAACCCAAGACUGGUAACAGCAGAGGAGGCAGCAGGUGACAGCGUCCCUUGCAGGAAGGUAGGGGAAGAACGAGCCCAAUUUUGGUCCCCCCGGCAGCCUCCCAGAAGAGGCGGGCGCCGGCAGCGCGGCUGCCACAGGAUGGCAGCAGAACCCCAGGAGUCGGGAUGCGGGCUGUGCGCCCCGCUAGGCUGCCACGGACAGCAGCUUCAGCCUGGGCUGGGGGUUCGGGGUGGGCUUUGGGCUUUUUGUUUGCUUGACACACGGUUUUCAUAGGUGACAAGGCAUACAUGAGUUCUCCACACCGGGAUAUAUUCUGAGCUAUGGGCGACCGAUUUAAAAGGACCCGUUGCACAUUGUAAGAGCUGAUAUUUUAGUAUAUAAUGUUUGAACAUAUAGUGAUCACAUACUUAAUUCAAAGAACUGCGAGAGAAAAGGAUCGAAACACUACUUUCUGUGGCAUAUAUGACAUUCAGCACUCACAAACACAGCACAGAGGAAAGCAACACAGAAGAUUUAACAGGUGCUUCAGGAGAACAUGUGCAAUGAUGGAAUACAGAACUGUUAACUACUCUGUGUUAUUUCUAAUUCCUUAUGUAUUUCAAAGCUUUGCCUUUAUAUUCCAGUUAGAUGCUGAUGAUGCCCAAAAUAGGUAGAGACGAUAACAAUAAAAUUAUUUCUAAUACAUACUAAUUGAUUGCUAUUAACAACAUCUUUCUCCCUGGCAGUACAAAUCAUAGCAAUUCACCAAGUUUGCUUCCUAAGGUUCUCAGGUAGAAAAUACCAACCUGCCCCUGAGUAAUUAAAAAUCUAACAAUGCAAUCUAUUAAAUGCUUGCAAUUGUGCACCUAGUUUUGCUCAGAAAAUUAGUAUCAGUAAAUAAAUGGGCAUAAUUCACACACAGUCACAGUAAGUGCAUGUACAAAUUAGGUGUACAGUUGUGAGCAUUUUGUAAGAUUAGCUUGCUGCUUUUAAAUGUUUAGAUGCAUAUCUCCGUUCUUAUAUGCAGAGACCCAAAGCAGAUCGACUACUUGACUUUCAUUUACAUGUUCCAUACAGUGGAAAACUCCUCCUGUAAUCGGCUAUAAUGACCCAGAUACUGUUAUGUAAAUCCCAAGGUUUGAUUUGGCUUUUUUUUUAAGAAUUAAGAAUGACAGAACAUCUAUAUUUUAUUGUUCAAUUUGGCAGUUAGGACUGCCACAUUACUUUCCACAGAUUCCACGAGGUAAUAUAUUCCCAGGAAGACCUCGGUCUAAAGAUAUUAAACAGGACUGAUAAAGUAAGAUCUUCAGCCCUAGGCAGUAGUAGGAAUCCAAAACACUCCAAGGUUCUUCUACCAUAUCUUUCUGGUUCUGCUGUAUUUGAUUUCAAAAAAACCCACUUGAUCUGAUUUCAGUGCCAUUUUGAAAUUAUCAGAUUUUCAUUGCCUUUUAAUGGCAAAGCCAAUUCUUUCAGUCCAAUUCAGCAUCAUUAAAUUGUCAGAAUAGCAGCUUCCUGUUUGAUUCUUAAUUAUUCCUUUUUAUUAUAUUUAAGACAUUUAAUUUUUUUUUAAUGGUUUACUCUUCUUUGUAAUGAUCUGUUGUGAUUAGAAUCUCUUUUAUAUUACACUGAAGUUUUAAGGGUAUAUAUUGGUACUUCUAGUCUAAACCUCUAUUUUCAAGGUAUUUAGAGGAUUAAAUUCUAGGCUGACUCUCUGUUGUGAAUUCACUUUGAUGUUUAAUAAAAAAAAAAGGAGAGACACAAUGGGAGAAAUUAAAGACAUAAGGGACAGCUCUGAAUUUUAGGGGCAUAUUGU